AUGAACAAUGUCUGUCCUUCCUCCAGGAGAGAGGGCGUUGCUGAUGCCGGAUACCGGCAGGUCUGCUCAAGGGGUGCGCCCUCCCUCCAUGUAAUACUCCGUACUCCGUACCUAGCUGGGUUAAGGAGUCUCAGAUCAUGCGCAAGUCAAGGCACAGGCUCUCAUGAGCACCGGCCGGGAACCUCCGGUGGAAGGAGGUCCCCAGCACAGCGCCACACGCUAGCAGGUACCAGCCCUGUGCCAGAUAAUGCUGGAUUCUGCAUCAGCCCCACUCCACCACAACUCGUCCACUUCCCGAGUCCUGACCUUGCUGCUUGCUCCUUCUUCACCGUCAAAUACAAUGUGAUUGUCUGGUCGCGACGAAUCACACGACCCAAGAAGCCGCCGAAGCUAUUGCAACAUACCCGAACCGGGGUCCCGGAUUCAAGCCGACCUGACUGCGUCCGAGACAGACAGACCAUUACCACGACGGCUCGACUCAUGGCAACUCGGCAAGACUUUUGA